AUGGAGGCAGAUCAGUCACAAAUUGUAAGAGAUAUAGAAUUAAGAGAACAAGAUAGAUGGUUACCAAUAGCUAAUGUUGCAAGAUUGAUGAAAAAUACAUUACCUUCCACGGCGAAAGUUUCAAAAGAUGCUAAAGAAUGUAUGCAAGAAUGUGUAUCUGAAUUUAUAUCAUUUAUAACGAGUGAAGCUAGUGAUAAAUGUAUAAGAGAAAAACGUAAAACUAUAAAUGGUGAAGAUAUUUUAUAUUCAAUGCAUGAUUUAGGUUUUGAAAAUUAUGCCGAAGUAUUAAAAAUAUAUCUUGCAAAGUAUAGAGAAGCGCAAGCUGCAAAACAAGAUCAACCGAAAUUAACUAAGAAACAAGCAAAAUUGCUACUAUUACAACAACAACAACAACAACAACAACAACAGCAACAACAACAACUACAGGAGCAACAGGAACAACAACUAAAUGAUGAAGAUCAUGGGUACAAUUAUGAUGAUGAACAAAUUGAAAUACAGGAUAAUAAUGAAGAUGAUGAUAAUGUAGAAUUAACCAUAGAUAAUAAUCAUAAUGGGAUACCCAAUGGUAAUGAUAAUCCGAUCAGUGAUGUUGGUUUACCUUCUGAAAUUACAAAUGGUGCUGAUAAUUACUUUUAA